GAAUAUGCACAAUCACAACUUUUUCUUUAGUUUGGAAUCUCGGCUAAUUAAACAAAACAAAACAAAACAAAACCAGCAGUUCUCUUUAUCAUCAAUGCCAGCAUACUGAUAUCAUCUCAGCAGUGAAAAUUUCUAUGAACUUGUUGUCGUAUGAUGAUAACAUCGAUGGCCAGUGAACAUGUUUAUUGCUACUUAAAAGGACAAAAUCUUGCCACUAUUCAUGUCUCAACUUGUUCUUGAUAUGAGAAUCAACCAUUUCUAGUUUAGUUGUCUUGUUCAUUUUGUUAUUUCCAUUCCAUAAUGGAAAAAGAAGCUGUAACCGGUGACAAUCCAUCUCUUCCUUACUCGACACCGAUGGAGGGGAACACUUACCGCCCAACUAAAGAGACGUACAGAUCGUUGGAGCAGAAAGCAAUAGAUGAUUGGCUUCCAAUUACUUCUUCAAGAAAUGCAAAAUGGUGGUACUCUGCUUUCCACAAUGUUACAGCCAUGGUUGGAGCAGGUGUCCUCAGUCUCCCUUAUGCCAUGGCAGCUCUUGGAUGGGGGCCGGGAGUCAUUAUUCUCAUCCUGUCAUGGAUCAUUACCUUAUACACCUUAUGGCAAAUGGUCGAAAUGCAUGAGAUGGUUCCCGGGAAACGUUUUGAUAGAUACCACGAACUCGGGCAGCACGCCUUUGGCGAAAAGCUAGGCCUCUACAUCGUAGUGCCUCAACAACUGAUAGUCGAAGUCGGUGUCAACAUAGUUUACAUGGUCACCGGUGGCAAGUCGCUCGAGAAAGUCCACAAAACCGUAUGCGGGGGCUGCAAGAACAUCAGAACUACUUACUUCAUAAUGAUAUUUGCUUCUGUCCAUUUCGUCCUCUCCCAUCUUCCCAACUUCAAUUCAAUCUCCGGCGUGUCGCUGGCUGCUGCUGUUAUGUCGUUAACGUACUCGACUAUUGCAUGGACUGCUUCUCUCCACAAAGGCGUGCAAAAGGGCGUCGAAUACGGAUAUCCAGCCAGUAGCAAAGUAGGGACAGUCUUCGACUUUUUCACUGCAUUGGGAGAUGUUGCCUUUGCCUAUGCUGGACAUAAUGUGGUGUUGGAGAUUCAAGCAACGAUUCCUUCGACCCCGGAGAAACCUUCGAAGAAGCCAAUGUGGAAAGGAGUGCUUGUAGCCUACUUUGUCGUCGCCCUCUGCUACUUCCCCGUUGCGCUUAUUGGUUACCGGAUGUUCGGAAACCAAGUGGAAGACAACAUUCUUAUCUCCUUAGAAAAGCCUAAAUGGCUCAUAGCAGCUGCUAAUAUGUUUGUGGUGAUCCAUGUCAUUGGAAGCUAUCAGAUCUACGCUAUGCCGGUUUUUGACAUGAUUGAAACUUUAUUGGUGAAAAAGAUGCGGUUCAAGCCGAGCACCAUGCUUCGUUUCAUCUCGCGCAACAUAUAUGUUGCAUUCACUAUGUUCAUAGCCAUACUUUUCCCCUUCUUUGGUGGCCUUCUUGGGUUUUUCGGAGGGUUCGCUUUCGCCCCAACAACGUACUUUCUUCCAUGUAUCAUGUGGCUAGCAGUCUACAAGCCAAAAAGAUUUAGCUUAUCUUGGUUCACUAAUUGGAUUUGCAUCUUUCUUGGGGUCAUGCUAAUGAUGGUGUCAUCAAUUGGAGGCCUAAGGAAUAUAAUACUGCAGGCAAAAACCUACAAGAUGUUCCCAUAACUAUGGAUGCU